UUUAAUAAACAGUCUCCGGUCUAUGGUGUUAAGUGUGUUUAUGUGUAAAAUCAAAAAUAAAAUCCAAAAUAUAAAAACAUGACCGAUAAAAACAUUGAAGUUUUUGCCCCUGAUGAUUGUAAAAUUAAAAUUAUUAAAUGGAAAGUAAGAGAAGGUUUUCCAGUUAAUAAUUCACAAGUAAUAUUAGUUUAUGAAGUCUGUGAUAGCGUCAAUAAGGAAGUAAAAAAACUCAAAUCUACCAAAGUUGGUGUUGUGAAAAAGCGUUUGUAUAAAGAUGGCGCAUUUGUCGAAAAAGGGUCAGCUCUACUAUCUCUUUCAUCAUGUGUCCAUACAACUGUUAUCAAAGACAUGUGUGCAGAUUGCGGUGCAGAUUUGCGCCAAAAUGAAAAUGGUAAUGCAUCUGAGGCUUCUGUGCCAAUGGUACAUUCUGUGCCCGAUUUGAAAGUGACACACAAACUCGCCCAAAAACUUGGUCAAGCUGAUACGAAACGACUUCUGCAAGACCGUAAAUUGGUAUUGCUAGUAGAUUUAGAUCAGACUGUAAUUCACACCACAAACGAUAAUGUUCCAAACAAUGUUAAAGGAAUUUAUCAUUUUCAAUUGUAUGGUCCUCAUUCGCCGUGGUAUCACACACGAUUGCGACCCGGAACAGCAGAAUUUUUGAAACGUAUGUCUCAAUCUUAUGAAUUGCAUAUUUGUACUUUUGGGGCAAGGAACUAUGCUCAUAUGAUUGCGCAACUUUUGGAUCCAGAUGGGAAUUUAUUUUCUCACAGAAUUCUUUCCCGUGAUGAGUGUUUUAAUGCAACUAGCAAAACAGAUAAUUUAAAAGCUUUGUUUCCAUGUGGAGAUUCAAUGGUCUGUAUCAUUGAUGACAGGGAAGAUGUUUGGAAUAUGGCAUCAAAUCUAAUCCAAGUAAAACCGUAUCAUUUUUUUCAACAUACAGGUGAUAUAAAUGCUCCACCAGGACUCUCAAAACAUGAGUUGGACGGAAAAGGUGUUGAUUUUAAAGACUUGAAAAGUGCAACAACUGAUGACGAGAACAUUGAUGACAACGUAGCAACGAAAGAUGUUCCGAAAAGCGAAAUGUCACAACCAGUAAAUGAAGAAACGACGGAAACCAAUCUUGAACCCAGUAAUGUCGAAACUGUCCCGAAAGAAGAAGAUGAAGUCAGCAAUAUCAAUACUGUCCCGAAAAUUGAGGAUGACAAAGAAGUUGAAGUUAAUAAAGUCCAUACCGAAAACAUAAGUGCGGAGAAAAAUGAGUUUAUUGACGUUACAAGCAAUAGUCCCGAAGAGAACGUGAAACCUCUUGAUGGAUCUCAACAAAUAAAAAUAAUCACAGAUGUUACAGCUAAAGAAAUCGAAAUCGAAGAUCCUGAUGAUUAUUUACUCUAUCUAGAGGUAAUAUUAAAGAAUAUUCACAGAAGGUUCUAUGAAAUCUACGACGAAACAAAAGAGAUUCCCGAUUUAAAAAUUAUUGUUCCGAAAAUUCGUUCUGAAGUACUGCGCAACAAGAAUUUAGUAUUUUCUGGCUUAGUUCCGACAAACAUGAAGUUAGAACAAAGUCGAGCUUAUUUUAUAGCAAAAAGUUUAGGAGCCAAUGUGAGCCAGAACAUAAGCGACGCAACUACUCAUUUAGUUGCGGUCACUUCGGGUACCUUUAAAGUAAAUGCAGCUAAAAAGAAAAUAAAUAUUAAGGUUGUCAAUGCUAAUUGGCUUUGGUCUUGCGCCGAACGCUGGGAAAUUGUAGACGAAAGACUAUUCCCGCUGGAUCGAAAAAAUAAAAACAAAACUCGCCAACCACCAGCGCACUGUCACAGUCCGGAACAUGUAGUCAAUUAUAGUGAAAAGUCUGAAAUCUCGACAUCGUCGAGUAUGCAAGGAGAUGAACCAGAAAAGUUUAUUGACACCAUAAAUCCUUUGCUUAGCUUUUCAAAUGCUGACCUAGCAGACAUGAAUAAAGAGUUUGAUCAAUUCUUCGAGUCAGACUCUUCCACCGAGGAUGAACACGUUAAUAUUGAAAAUCCUCCAGUUGAUAAAACUCUAAGAAAACGAAAACGCCAAGAGAAAGAAGAAGAACGUCAGCGUGAAUUUUUCUCACGAGAACAAAGGAGUCUUCUUGUCAAAGAAGAACAUCCGGAAAAUGAUGAAAAAAGCUCAGCAGAAGAUGAGGAUGAAAUGCCGAGUACAAAAUUUCGGAGAGGGGAACAUUUGCCAUCUGACUUGGACAUUGGCUCUGAAUCAAAUGACGGAUCGGACCCACAAGACAAUGAAGAUGACGGCGAUUGGAAUAUGAUGGGAGCCGCAUUAGAAAGGGAAUUUCUUGGACUAGACGACUAAAAUUGAAAAUUGUUCAGUUGUUGUUUUUAUAUGUUAAAAGGAGUCGAAAUCGUUGUAAAGAAGUAUAUUAUUUUUUUUUAAACAAUAAAUAAUCUUUUACUCCUAUGGAGUAAAUAUUUUA